AUGGACAAUACACUCUCUUCAGGUUUUGCCACCGUGUGGCAGGUGCUCUCAGGCUGUUUCUGGUUUUUAGAGUCAAAUCGCUUUUGGUUUUGGACUGCCUGUAUUCUCUGGCUUCACCGUUAUCUGCGGUUGAUCGUUCAUUGUUUCAGUCAUUGGUUCUACAAAUCGAAACCAAUUCCCGAAAAGCCCGGUUACACGGCCGAUGAUGUGACAGUAGUCAUUCCCACUAUUCACAAUUGCUUCGAGGAGUUGCGACCUUCUCUAGAAAGCAUCCUUGCGUGCAAGCCGCAGGAACUCAUUUUGGUGACAACCUUCGACAAAGAGGUCAGCUUGAGAAAACUCGCUAGCACAUUAUCAUCGCGCAAUAUCAGGGUGUUGUGUAGCAGCAUAGCGAACAAACGACUGCAGGUCUGCGAAGCUCUUCCCCAUGUCAAGACACGCAUCAUUAUCAUGGCGGAUGACGAUGUGACCUGGCCAUCGACUUUAAUGCCAUGGUUACUUGCCCCAUUCGAAGACCCCAAGAUUGGUGGUGUUGGCACCUGUCAGCGUGUGCGAAGAGACAGGGAUGGUUCAUGGGCAGCUCAAUCUUGGAACUGGUUGGGCGCAGCAUAUAUUGAGAGGCGCAAUUUUGAGAUCUCAGCUACCCACAAUAUAGAUGGAGGGACGUCAUGCAUGUCUGGUCGUACAGGAGCUUACCGAGCUGAGAUCUUACAGAGCCAAGAUUUCCUUGACGGGUUCAAAAACGAGAGAUGGCAGAAGUAUACUCUCAAUGCAGAUGAUGACAACUUCGUUACGCGAUGGUUGGUCAGUCACCAGUGGAAAACCUGGAUUCAGUACAAUGAUGAGUGUGAGAUUGAGACCACACUCGAGGUUGGCCAGAAGUUCCUUUACCAGUGUUCCAGGUGGGCCCGAAGCAAUUGGAGAAGUAAUUGGACCAGCUUAGUCAAAGAGCACUAUGUGUUAUGGCAGCAACCAUGGUGCACUUACGCUCUACACCUCGCAACAUUCACCUCAUUGGCCUUUGUGUUCGAUCCGUUGAUUCCCUUUGCCAUGUGGCGCGGCAGUCAAGGAUGGGACUACAAUACCCGUCUCGCAGUUCUAACUGCUCAACUUGUAUGGAUGUUCGGCUUCACGAAAUGGGUCAAGUUGCUAGGCUUGUUCAAACGUCAUCCUAGUGAUAUUGUGUUCCUUCCAGUCUCGAUUGCUUUUGGCUGGUUCCAUGGAUUCAUCAAGUUGUACGCUCUUUUUACACUGAAUAUGACAUCUUGGGGCAGUCGGCCAGAUGGUGAUCUUAAUGAUGCAUUGCGUAUGUCGCCUCGACCGGUACCUAAUGAAAGCAUCAUUACGCCCAUGGCUCGUCCGGAUGAUCUCGAGCACUUAUAUCGACGACCUUCUAAGUCACCUCGAGCAAUAGCGGAGAAGGCCAUGCUUACAGCUUAUGGGCAUGAGUAUCCUACUAUAGCAAUGGUCGUUACACCAUUACCUGGUUCUCCUUUUCGACCACAGACGGAUCAAUAG